AUGGAGGGUUUUAGGAAGUUGGUGGAGGAUGUGUGGAGACUGAAGAACGAAAGAGGUAUGACCAGCUUUAUGCUUGCUUCCAAAUUGAAGCGGUUGAAGUUAGAGAUUAAAAAAUGGGCUAAGGAGGAGGAUGGCAGAUCCGAUAGAAUACUUAAUGACAAUUUAGAGGAGCUACGUAAGUUGGAACAUUUGGAGAUGGAUGGGCUGUUAAGGGAAGGGGGAAGGGGGAGGAGAGGGGAAUUAAAAUUGGAAAUUGCCGCCAAGAUGAACUUGGAGGCAAUUUCAUGGAGGCAAAAGACCAGAGAGAGGUGGAUUAAGGAGGUUGAUAGAAAUACAAGAUAUCUUCAAAGUUUGGCAAAUUCUAGGAGGAAGAACAACUAUGUUGAAGAGCUGGAGUUUGGCGGGGAUACUGUUAGAGGUAAUGCUGUAUUGAGGGAGAAAGUUAAGGAUUAUUUUACUAAGCUUUAUACAGAAGAGGAGGAGAGGAGACCGAGACAGGAUGAGCUUCCUUUUAGACAACUAUCGGCUGGUAGCAAGGAGAGCCUGGAGGUGCUAUUUACGGAGGAGGAAAUUCUGGAUUGUUUGAGGCAAUGCAAUGGCAACAAAACUCUGAGACCGGAUGGAUUCCAUAUGAAGUUUUUAAAGGAUUUUUGGGCUGUCAUUAAAAAUGAUAUCAUGACUGUUUUUCAUGACUUUCAUAGAGCUGGGGUUUUUAUCCAAUUUAUUAACCCAACUUUCUUAGUAUUAUUCCAAAGAUUAUUGGAGCUCGGAACAUAA